AUGUGCGAAGAUUCGGUAAACCAUGAACAAGAUCAAGUAUGCUUGUUCGCUUUUGUACAUUCAAUGAAAGAAAUUCACAAUGAAUACCUAAUGGCGAAUGGAUUAAAUCGUAGCACUUACGGGAAAACGUUGAAUGUUGAAGCAGGAACAGUAAUUGAUCAAGGAAUAACUCAUCCAUCACAAUUUGAUUUUUAUCUUUGUUCCCAAGCAGCGAUAAUGGGUACAUCUCGACCAACACUUUAUCAUGUUCUUCACGAUGAUAUUGGAUUCAAUAGUGAUGAUUUACAACAAUUAACAUAUUGGUUAUGUCACACAGACAUGCGUUGUACGAAAUCAGUUUCCAUUCCAGCACCUGUUCAUUAUGCGCAUCUGGCAGCAUAUGGGUCACGUUCGUUGAAAUUUGAAGAUGAUCGAGACUCAGAAGGUUCGAUGAUUGAUGGUGGUGAUGACGAUGAACCUCAGACAUAUUCACUUGACGAUAUUCGAACACAAUUGAUGAUUCUUGAUCCGAAAGUGGCUGAUGAUAUGUGGUUUAUCUAA